AUGGCUUCCCAGAGCUCAAGAGCCUCACGUUUUCGUUCAAAUGCAAAGGAGUUGCUCUGUGGCCAUGGUGAGAGGCCGGUUUUGCGAAUUUCAUCGACGAAGGAUAACCCUGGACGAAGAUUUUGGGGUUGUGUAUACUAUGAGGUUCAGGAUGGGUGUGAUUUCUUCAGAUGGGCAGAUCCGGAACCUGGAGCUGUUCAGGAAGAGGUUGAAUUUGCAAGAAAUAGGAGAAAGAUAACGAAAUUAAAGGCAAGAUUGAAGGAGUUGGAGACGAAGCUUUGGGUUGUGGCUGCUCUAUGUUUUGCUGGGUGGGUGGGGUUUCUGUUCUUAUUCCUGCAGAAUCAUUACAACUUGAAGCAGCCGAAUGGAAUGCACUUAGGUUAUAGAUGA